AUGCACGUAGCCCGCAACAUCGGCUCGCAAGCGACGCUAAUCGAAACUGGCGAUCUGAGCGACUUCAACGUCAUGAGCUUGGACGAGCCUGACAAGUCGUAUGAGGACGACAUCGAGGAAUUGUACGUGGAUGGCGAUGAAGAUGAGAUGGACAUCGAUGAAGGCAUUUGCAUUCUUGAUAGCGCUGAUCUGGACUUGUGGGUGAAGAGGGCUGAGUCUGUUUCCGGGUCAGGCAUACAGUAG